AUGAUUAAUCGAGUUUUGAUUGUGAAGGGUCAGAUAAUGGACAAUCAAAGCAUCAAAGCGCUCUUAAUGAUAAUGCUAUUAAGCUGCUUUUCAGUCUCAUGCAGUGAACUGAUACGACCGCCAUCACCGCCACAAGUUAAUUACGCUUUUAAUAAAUUUCGGCCGCCACCCGCACCAGAACCAACUUUCAUUCAAAGAAUUACGAGUUGGAUUUUCCCUUGGGGUGGUGUCAGUGAAGAAGAAGAAUUUCAAUUCAAAGCAUCAGCGAAAAUUGAUAAUCAAAUUCAUGAUCGACCUGUUCAUUAUUCGAGACCUCCAUUGACAAGAGUCAAUCCAUCGCCAAUUCGCGAAGUUGAACAUGCAGCACCUAGAACGAGUCCAUCUCCACCAAUCACAAAAUGUUCACCUUGCAACAAAGUUCCAUGGAUUCCAAUGAUGCCAACUUAUCAGCUUCCUUUAGUUAACAGUAAUUCUGGAGGUCAACAGCAACAUCAACAACGUCAAAUUUAUUUCAAACAUCAUUUUGGAAAUGAAAGUCCUUAUGCACAAAUUCCACCAGAUCUUAGUCACAAAUACGGUCCACCAAGUAAUCAACAACCAUUGUUGGGGAAAUUCCCAAAUAAUGGUCAUCAAUUAUAUGGAGUUCCACCACCCCAACAUAAUCAGCAGCAGCAUCAAGAAAGGUUUCAAUAUACAACUCCCGUUUAUACGAAAACAACUUUCAGACCGAACAACAAGAUCAUCGAUCCUUUAGCCAUCACUUUCACUACAGUUCGACCAAACAACAACAACAGACCACUUCGUUUCACAUCAACUGGAUCAAUAACUAAUCCUGAAUAUAUUCCCCCACCCAACGUUCUCCCUCUUGAAGGUGAGACUGGCAAUGGUUUUGUUCCCAUACCAAUUCCGAAUCUCUCACCCACGCCAAUUCCACCACUUUUCGAUGCAAAAGAUUUUAAUAUUAAUCCGUAUCGCAGUCAAAAAACUGGAUCUAUUAAACUCGUGCCAUUAGAUCCUGUUGCACAAGUCUCAAAUAAUGUUAAUGUUCAAGUUAAACCAGAGAAAAAUUUAGCAAAGUUAGAAGCAUUAAAAGAAAGUCCAUCGGUUGAAGUUGUCAAUUCAAAUUUAGUUGCUGAAUUUACGAUAAAUGGAAAUUCAAUUCAACAUGAAAGUGUAACCACGAGAGAACCUUUCAAGAAAGAUUCAAGUUUCAGUCUCGAUGUUGUUAAUAAUCUCGAUGUUAAAUCAACAAUUCAUCAACCGAUUGUAGUUGAAAGUUUGGAGACGGUAACUGACAGCAGUUUUGCUGGUUCUGAACAUGCUUUCGAGCAUAACGUUCAGCAGUCUUUAGAUCUUCUUGCAAAUCAAGUAAAGGCUCCUAAUGAUGACAUUUUCUACACUUCAAACUCUAAUCGAUUUGUUAACAACUUACAAAGUCAAGAAUUUAUUGAAACAACAACAACUGAUGACAGUUACAUUGUUAAGUUUGAACCAUCAAUUCAAACUGCUGCUGAUUUGGCAGCUGAGAAGACGAAUAAAAGUUUACCGUCGAAGAAUCGAGAUCGAGCAACGCCUUUGGAACUUUUAGACUUGCCGAUUUAUUAUGUGACACAAACAAGUACUGAGACACCUCCGCCGUUCAAACCUUUGGAAGAAUAUACGAAAAAACUGGCAACUUUAUGGACAUCUCCACUCCCGAUAUCAACGUCAACAGAUGCAACUGUUACGCCAACGUACAGACAAACUGAAGCGACCAUUGCAACUUCUCCAAGCACAUCGUCACCACCAACAACUCUUUCAUUCUUAGCGAAACUUUCCAGUGUACCUUUCCUAGGCAUCACACCACCACGUGAACCUCCCAAGCCGCCACCAUCAACAAAGAAACCUAAACAAAUACAAAUUGUUAUUCCUUAUACAAGUUAUCACAAACCAUCACCAUUCAAAGUGGCUCAAGAACAAGAAAUCAUCACUUAUAGACCCAUUCGUGGUCAUUAUCUGACUCAUCCAACGAAGAAAGAACGAAAAGAAAUUAAAAGUUCAACGGAUGAUGAUAAAUUUAAUUCUCAUGGUUAUCAUAAUGAUCAAGAAUAUCAUGAACAUGGCCAAGAAUCGAAGAUUGUUGAGUCGUUGGUCACAGUUGAACCUUCGAAAACAACGAAAUAUUUGACAAAGAUUUUAGCGAAUAAUAUUCGUGAUUUGUUGAAGAAUGAAAAGACUCCAAAGCCACCGAAGAUUGAUAUCAUAAAGUUACAGAAGAAUAUCGAUGGUUGGACUGAACAGAGCUUCUUAGGAAAAACAAGUACAACAUCGUUGAUGGGACAUACAAAAGCAAUUCCGAAAUCAUUCUUAAGUACAACGAUGAAAGCGACAACAUUUAUGAAAUUUCCUACGACUACGCUGUCACCUAAGACAACUUUCGAUCCUGAUCUCAUGGAAGAAACGAAGCGUCAAUACGACAGCAUUUUAUACAAAAAAGAUGACAAUUUGUUAUACGUAAAGCGACAUGAUCGAUUUUUAGAUCGCGAUAAUGAACUUGUGUUGAUUAAUAACAACUUAACAUAUAACAAUUUAGAUUCUGGUGUUAAAGUUUUUGCGCCAAAAACCACAUUAACACCAAAAGAACUUUGGAAACGACUUCACGUAACAAUUUCACCUUUGACCAAUGAGAAAAUUUAUGUUGUGACGCCACAACCACUUCAAGAAUUCUACCGAGAAGAAAGCACAACAUUUAAACCACGUUUCGCUGUGCGACCAACCGUUGCAGGCAGAAAACAACCGAAGAAGUUUAAACCGGAAAUGUUGAGACGGAACGAUGAAAUAAUGGAUUUUGAUCAAGUAAAGACAAUCGAUGAGAAUUCGAAGGUCAUCAGAAUAAUAACGCCACAACAGAAUGAUGAAGUCACGAGACCAAUCGAAGUGACAUCUGUCAAACCAUAAUCAUAACAAAGUUGCCAUCAAAUGCAUAAAUAAAUUAAUUAUGUAUUAUUUAUGUACAUUGUAUGAUUGUAAAUUAAGUUAAUGGUGUUGUGUGGUGAUGAUCUUCAUCAUCGUUUUGAAUUACUUGAUGUGUACCAUAUUGACUGAUAAUUUAUUAGGUCCCUUUGUACUUAUUUACUUGUGACUAUCACUACUACCACUUAUCCCAGUAUUGUCUAAGAAUCAACUAAAUGAUUAAUGAUUAGUUGAUAUUUCCUAAUAUCGAAUUUAAAACCAUAGAAGUGGUUUGAAUUACUUCAACCUGAAAUCAGUUCCAUGAAAUCUUCUAAAUUCUUUUUUUCCUGCUUAGUAAGAAUGUUGAUUUAAUAAAAGUAAGUAGAACUAAUAACAUUGAAUCUAAAUGAGUGACUGAAUGAAUGAGAACUUCUUACGAUUUCAAUUUUUUCCCACACUUUUAAUAUUUUUAAAACUUCUUUUGUAAAAUAUUUCUGAAUUAAAAAAAGAAUUGAUAAAUAUAUGCAAGCAAGUUAAGAAU